UCGAUAUUGACUGUUCAUAUUACAUCAGUGGGAAAUUAUAGUAACAGUGUAUAAUUCCUAGUGGAAAAAAAGAGAACACAUGACAAUGACGGCGAAAGUGGAAACUAUCUUGAUUGUAUUAAUACUUGUGGUUUUCUGUCUUAAACAAGGAAUGUCUGGAACCGUGGAAAGCAAGUGUUAUCUUUCUGAGGAAGAGAGAAGACCAGAGGGCCAAAGUGGCAAAUUUCGGAUAACCGCUUUUCCCGAAGAAUUCCCAAAGACGUGCAUCUGGGAACCACAGUUCAAUGCCUCGUCAAGCUACUUUUUGCGUAUAUGUGGGCGGCAAUUGCGAGACGUGCAAUGCCCUACGACUAACUGUACAAUAACGCCAGUAGAAUCAAUACAUGACGGUUCCGCAGCAGGUUCCAGUGUUGAUCCAACUUGUUUUGUUUUAACAACUGACGACUGUUAUGUGCCGGGCUCCGGAAACCGGAAAAUGGUUUCCUCUUUGCCUACGAGUAUAAAAUUAACUAUGAAAAUAGAUCUUGGCAUUGAAUCAUUUAAGUACAGUUAUUCAAAAUGCGACAAUGAAGGGCCAGAACCACCAACUACCCAAGUGCAGUCAACCUAUGAGGCGACGAGCAUGCCUCAACCGACGAAUUAUAUUCAAAAUACUCGUGAUUCAACAAAAAGUGUACCAAGCACUCCCAUCCCCAUUUCAGCAUCAACUCCGCCGGAAACACACUGGUCCGAUACAACUACGUACAAUCUUUCUGUGACGACUCACACUUCUCAGCAAGGCAGUAAUACUUUGAUUAGCACGAUACUUCCAAUUGUAAUCGCCGUAGUCGUGGCCGCAUUGCUGGGAGGACUUCUGUUUAUUUGGUGUCGCUACAGGAAGAAAAAACAAAAAUCGUCAGUUGGAAGUGAACAAGCUACUCAUAGAACAGGCGAUGAAAGACACAUAACUGAAAAUGUGAUUUACGAGAGUUCUUCUCCACACACAAAUGAUAAUCAACCUGCAGCAAUGAUGGUUGAUAAUAUCAUUUAUGGGCAGACGAUCGUGUAAUACUUAGAAAGACAGGCAAUAAAAACUGAAACUUGCCUUUGAGCCAAACACAGUUAUUUAGAACAGUGGUUAUCAAACGGUUAGGGGACGUAAAGCUAGUUAAAAAUAAAACUUGUUAGAUUCGAUCUUGCCCGCCUUGUUUUGGAUAUUCACAUUUCUUUAUUUUGGAUAUUUACGUUUAGUAUAUUUAAGUUCCAUCCACGUAUUUUCAACUUGUUUUUCUUAUUCGUAAUUUCUUAUGAAACUCUGUAACAAAUUAAUCUCUAUUUAUCUAUUAACAGAAAGUAUAUAUGAAUUACCAAAAGUUUCACUGAUUUCGCUUUCCUGGGAAAUAUGAAUUAUGGCUGUGCCUUAAUUUUAGAUAUCGCUCUUUGUCGCCUCAUUGUGGUGCAUUAUAAUUGUGCAAGUUUAUUUCUUGUAUGCGCCCUUUCGGGUUUUUGUCGAGUUAAGUGACGAAGUCUAUUAUUAUCCUGUUAUAUUAUUGAUUUCCCGCGCAGUUGAUAUUGUAUUUUUAUUACGCAAACAAUUUUGUGGCAAAUUUGAUUCCAUAUAUAUUUUUAGGAUUUUGAUUGUUCACCGCCUGCAUAAAAUGAACUUCCUUUGCGAGACUUAUUUGAAAGUCGACCUCGCCUAUUUACGCAAACUAGUAUGUCCCGUUGACAACAUAGUAGUGAGAACUUAUAUACUUAGAAAGACAGGCAAUAAAAACUAAAGCUUGCCGUUGAGCCAAACAUAGUUACCUAGAACAGUGUUUCUCAAACGGUUAGGGGACGUAAAGCUAAUUAAAAAUAAAAGUUUUGUUGGAUUCGAUCUUGCCCGCCUUGUUUUGGAUAUUUCCAUUUUUUUUAUUUUGAAUUUUUACGUUUCAUUUUCAACGUGUUUUUCAAAUAAAACAUACUUUAAGUAUAGCAUAUACCCUAAGUUUAGUAUAUUUAAGUUCCAUCAACUUGUUUUUUUUAUUCGUAAUUUCUUAUGAAACUCUGUAACAAAUUAAUCUCUAUUUAUCUAUUAACAGGAAGUAUAUAUGAAUUACCAAAAGUUUCACUGAUUUCGCUUUCCU